CACGAGCUGACGGUCACCGUCAGGAACACGGAGGACCCCCUCACCCGGGUCACCAAAAGCCAGGCGAGUCCUCCGCCUGCAGCCCCGGGCCCAGCACCUCCAGAGGCACAAGGUCCCCCGCCUGCAGCCCCGCCGGGCCCAGCACCUCCAGAGGCACAGGGUCCCCCGCCUGCAGCCCCGGACCCAGCACCUCCAGAGGCGCUGCCGGUGCAAGAGAUGGAUGUCAGCGGCAUCGAGGAGGAGGACAAGGCGGCCCGCCUCGCAGAGGCGCCGGGGGUGACCAUGCUGCUCGGUGUGUGUUGCGACAUGGACCCCACCUGGAGCCUGCAGCUGCUGCUGUGGGCCGCACCCACGCUGGAGCGGCUGGAGGUGCGCUACCCCCGCGAGGCCCACCUGCGCGCAGUGCACGCCAUGCCGCGGCUGAGGAGGCUGUACGUGUGGGGUGGUGAUGAUGCCCUGCGCGCCCAGCCCCCCGAGCUGCCCGCGCUCCCGCCGGGACACGCCGGCCUGCAGUGGCUCAGGGUGCGGCUCCCCCGCGCCACGACACAGUCCCUGCUGCGAGCGCACGGCGGCACGCUGGAGGAGCUGGAGCUUGGGGUGGGCACGGCGGGGAGAUUUGAGUGGCCAUACAGUUGCGGCGACCUGCACUCGCUGCUGCAGCAGAGCGGGCUGCGAGCGCUCAGGAGGCUCGUGCUGCGGAGGGGCUGCCUGCCAGCCGCAGCCGCCUGCAUCGAACAGCGCGCCGAGGUGCGGCGGGUGCUGCCCGGGGCAAGGGUGCUGUGCGUCACCUGUGACCGAGUAGAGUCGUCCUAUGAGACGACACUCGAGUGCCUCCGGUUGAGUGUUGUAAACCCACAGUUGUAACACGGAUAGGCAGCACCUCUCAACUGCGCGCUUAGUGGUAACUCGUGAAACUGUGAACCACCGAUCCGAUCAAGUGAAAUAUAGUGCAUUGGACAAAACCAA